AAUAGAACAAUUAAAAUGGUAGUAAUUAAUAGGAGAUUCCAGUCAAACAGUUCAUUUUUCCUAGUUUUCCAGACUUUAGCGACGGCAGUCCCAAAACACCAAUUUCCCAUGGCAGCAGCACGACGCCUAUAUCUUCCUAAAUCCACCAUCAGAUGCACAGCAACUUUUGCUUCACUUGUCAGCUCAACCACAACAACCCACCUCCUAAAUUCCCCAGAAUCGCCUAUUUCUGAAACCCAACAAUCAACCUCACAAUCUGAUGACAAUUUUUUAGUCCACAAAAUUUUAUGGAAGCUAAAACAAGGUAAGCCAAUAACCAAUUCUUCACCAUUAUUCCAUCGUUUAAACCCCUUUACUUUUCUUGAAGUUCUUGGUAAUUGUCGUGAUAAUUUGCAUUUAGCACAGAAAUUCAUCGACUUGUUUUCUCUUAAUUGUCCUAAUUUCAAGCAUUGUUCGAGGUCAUUGAGUGCUACUGUACAUGUGUUGAUUAAGUGUAAGAGGGUUGCUGAUGCACAAGCUUUUAUCCUAAGAAUGAUUAGAAGAAGUGGUGUUUCUAGAAUUGAGAUUGUGGAAUCUUUGGUGUCAACUUAUGGGGUAUGCGGGUCGAAUCCAUAUGUUUUUGAUUUGCUGAUUAGGACUUAUGUACAAGCUAGGAAGAUUAGGGAGGCUGUAGAAGUAUUUAGGUUGUUGCAAAGGAGGAAUCUUUGUGUUCCGAUAAAUGCGUGUAAUGGUCUUCUAGGAGGGCUUGUGAAGAUUGGUUGGGUUGACUUGGCAUGGGAAGUGUAUGGUGAGAUGACAGGGAGUAGCAUUCAGCCAAAUGUGUAUACCCUCAAUAUAAUGGUGAAUGCAUUGUGUAAAGAUGGGAAAACUGAAAGUGUGAGUUCAUUUAUUAAAGAAAUGGAAAAGAAGGGAAUUUUUCCGGAUAUGGUGACUUACAAUACUUUGAUAAAUGCAUAUUGUCAUGGGGGGCUUCUUGAAGAAGCCUAUAAAGUGAUAAAUGUUAUAAAAGCUAUGGGGUUAAGACCGUAUCUUUUGACUUAUAAUUCUAUUCUCAAUGGUUUGUGUAAGAACGGAAAAUACGGGAGAGCAAGGGAACUUUUGGUUGAGAUGGCUGAUAGUGGACUGGCCCCUGAUACUGCUAGUUAUAAUACGUUGCUUGCUGAGUGCUGUAGAAAAGGUAACGUGCUGGAAGCAGAAUCCGUUUUCAAAGAAAUGCUGUGUCGAGCUGUCAUCCCUGAUUUGGUUAGUUAUAGUUCUCUUAUUGGGUUGUUUUCAAGAACUGGCAAUCUCGAUCGCUCAUUGGCAUACUAUGAGCAUAUGAAACGCCUGGGUCUUACACCAGAUAAUGUAAUCUACACAAUUCUCAUUGGUGGGUUUUGUCGAAAUGGUUCUAUGAAGGAGGCUAUGAAGAUGCGUGAUGAAAUGUUGGAACAGAGUUUGGUUAUGGAUGUGGUGACUUACAAUACUAUAUUGAACGGGUUAUGCAAAGGAAAGAUGCUUCAUGAAGCUGAUGAGCUUUUCAAUGAGAUGGUGGAAAGAGGUGUAAAUCCUGAUUUUUACACUUUUACCACGCUUAUCAGUGGAUAUUCGAAGUGUGGUAACAUGGACAAAGCACAGACCCUGUUUGAAUCCAUGCUACUGAGAAACCUCAAGCCUGAUGUUGUGACAUAUAACAGCUUCAUUGUUGGAUUUUGUAAGGUUGGUGAUAUGGAAAAAGCUUUCAGGUUUAGGGAUGAGAUGAUCUCUGUAAAUAUUUCUCCUAAUUAUGUUACUUAUAGUAUUCUCAUAAAUGGCUUUUGUAAUAAGGGUUGUGUAUCUGACGCAUUAACACAAUGGGAUGAGAUGAUUGCCCUAGGUAUCAAACCUACUAUUGUGACUUGCAACUCUAUUAUCAAGGGCUGUUGCAGGUCUGGUGAUGCUUCAAGGGCAACUACGUUUCUGAACAAGAUGCAGUCCCAAGGAAUAUUUCCUGAUUCAGUUACGUACAAUACUCUUCUUGAUGGGUUUAUAAGAGAGGAGAAUAUGGAUAAAGCUUUAGAUUUGGUUAAUGAAAUGGGAAAUCAAGGUCUGUCACCUGAUGUUAUUACCUAUAAUACCAUAUUGGAUGGUUUCUGUAAAUUUGGUAAAAUGCAGGAGGCCAACAUUCUGUAUAGGAAAAUGGUUGAGUGGGGUAUAAACCCUGACAGAACUACAUAUACAUCAUUGAUAAAUGGACAUGUCUCUCAGGAUAACAUUAAGGAGGCUUUUCGGUUCCAUGAUGAAAUGCUGCAGAGGGGAUUCAUUCUUGAUGAAAAGUUUUAAUCUCCUUGCUGUUUGAGCCAACUGAAGUUUAUGACCAUCAAUUUCUGCCAUUUCAUGAGUCCUGCUUUUUGCAGUUUCAGCGGAUAAGCCCUCUUCUAUAUUGUUAUUUUGACUUUAGGGAAUUGCUAGCUAAUUUGAAAUAUGCUUCAUUGAUUUGAGGAGAACUACGGAAAAAUCACUUACUGGAGCAGAUACUUAUGGGUGCUAGACUGGACACCUGUCUUUAAGGAACUAUCUGUUAGUGACGCAUCAUCAAGACACCGACCAGUGCUUCAUUUUCAGAAAUAUCCUUUUGGAUGCGGUGGCAAACUUAAGAGGGCCUUUUGGUAGAGAUGAUGUAAGAUUGCCAUCAAGGUUGAAUAUGCGGAGGUUCUUCCUUCAUCUGCAGUUUAGUAGUUCACCCUGUGGACUCACAAUUUGUCAAAGAUACUACGUUCUAAGGGACAAUGAUGGUGAGACAAGUGAAUCAGGAAAGUCAUCCAUGCCUGUCUGCUGUGAACUUGACACCCAAGGUAUGUUGAUGACAUAUGGGCUGCCAUUACCUUCUCCUGAUUUGCUGGUUGAUCGUUCUGUUCAUGUUCACAUGUUUCAUCAAUAAGCAUGAAAAAAUGCUAGUGGUAGUUCUCAGAAGUGUAUCAAAGAUCUAGUUGCUUUUGUGUUAUCAAGCCAAAUGAGUUGUAGUCCUACUCAGUUGACCAUAAAACUACGAUCCUUCACUAAAUGUAUUAGUGGGAGCUUUUUGGUGAAGUAAUUAUGAAAUGAUCAGACUUAAGGAGAUUUGUUCCGUAGUACGACCUGAUAGAGAGACUGAGGAUAUAGCUUUGCCUGGAACGGAACCCCAAGUUACAGAUGUCGUGACUGUGGACUACUUCUCGCUCAUUUAGUAACAGUGGAGAAUAUGCAAUAUAUGGAUAUUGCCAUAUGGGUAUAGACAGUGUAGAACUGAAGUGUUGCAGUAUGUGAGAAUUUGUUCUGUUCUGUUAUUCGCGUAGGACAAUGUUGAAGAAUUUUUUCAAGAAACUUGUGGGUACAUCUCAUAAGCAAUUUGGCACCAGUUGUGACCUGUAGGCAAAUAAAGUAAUCUCGGUGGAUCUAAAGGAAAGGUUAACAUGCAAAUCAUCUGCAAUUCUUGAUCCUAAUGCUCACAGAAUUUAGAAGAAAAUCAUUGUUGUAUUGAAUGCAAAAAUGUACAACUCAUACACGUCCAGAUGUGAAAUUUAGUUCCACGUCGCCUUUGCCUUCAACUUUGGCUUCAGCAUUAUUGGUCAAAACACCUUCAGGCAUUUUGCAUUCUUCACAAGUCAUAAUUUUUUGUUGUUGCAAAUAUGAAUAGUAGCGCCAGAAUCUAGCGAGCAUUCUGCUGACUUUGAGGCAUCAACAAUGUAUAUGAUAGCACCAGAAUCUAGCCACCAUUCGGCUGACUCUUUGAGGCAUCAACAAUGUUUACUUUUGUUACCAUAUCAAUUUUCACAUUUGAUACCAUAGCAAUGAAAUCGGUAACAAGUUCCUUAA